AUGUACGCCAUUGACCUGAGCGGGCAGAGCGCCCUUAUAACCGGCGCUUCAAGGGGUAUUGGCUCCGUGAUUGCCAGACGGUUGGCGGACGCCGGCGCAGCGGUGGCUAUCAACUACCGGAGCCGGGGAGCAGAGGCUGACGCGGUGGUGGAUUCAAUACGAAACUCUGGCGGCCACGCCAUUCCGGUGCCGGGCGAUGUGUCGGACGAGGCCGCCGCCGAGGUGGUGGUCAAAAGCGCGGCUGAACAGCUGGGCCGCCUGGACAUCCUGGUUAAUAACGCCGGUAUUAACCGCGACCGAUUGCUGAUGCGCAUGUCCGUGUCCGACUGGGACGAAGUGCUGUCGGUCAAUCUGAGGGGCACGUUUUUGCCAACUCGGUUCGCGGUGCCGUUGAUGGUGCGUCAACGGUACGGAAGGAUUGUCAAUAUUUCAUCGGUGGUGGGGCUGUCGGGCAAUCCCGGGCAAGCCAACUACGCAGCAUCCAAGGCGGGUCAGAUUGGCUUUGCCAAGGCAGUGGCCCGCGAGGUCGCCAGCCGGAACAUCACCGUAAAUGCAGUGGCUCCGGGUUUCAUCGAGUUCGAGGAUACGGGCGGCAUGACCGCCGGCCUGACCGACGAGCAACGACAACAGAUUUUGACCCGAAUUCCGGCGGGCCGGUUUGGGUCGGCCGACGACGUGGCGGCAGCGGUUGUAUACCUGGUCAGCCCCGGCGCCAGCUACAUCACGGGCCAGACUCUGACCAUAGACGGCGGCCUGAUCGCCUGA